AUGGGAAGAUUAGGAGGAAAAGUGGAAGAAGACGAGUUUAUCCCGUUUGAAGACCUAAAAGCUCAAUGGGAUCUAUUCGAUUUCGACAGAGCCAAAUUCAUUCAAUUUUUGGAGAUUCAAAGAAUUUUAGUGAACAAGGGUUUUGCACAGCACAGUGGUGUUAGGAAGGACGAACGAACAACUUUGGACAUCAUGAAAGAGUUGGCGAUAAGUAAUGAAACGACGUGGGAUACUAUACAAUUUACGGGAAUUUUCCCAUGA